UGGGGCACUGUUUGAUGAAGCUGAAUUCAAACACACUCACUGUUUGAUGUGAGUAAAGAGGCUUCAUUGAUGACAAGUUGGUAGAUGCUGCAGAGCCAUGGCAGUGCCAGAGAGGCUGAAAAGGAUGUGCUCACAGGAAGGAGAUGCCUCAGUGGCCAUAACCCACAUCCAUAUCCAUCUCCAUGUGCAGGCUAUCUUCUUGUUGGCCUCCAUGUCUUGAUAUCUGUGCUCUUCUCUCCAUGUUCAAGCUUCCAUUCCAUCCUCACCCAAUCAUAGAAAUGUGGCAUUGUUUAAGCACAAGAAGAAUAACCCAAGUCUUCCAUCUGAGAGCAUCAAGCAUUUGCUCCCCUCCCCAAACAAAACAGACAUGCAGCCAAGAACAUGCAUCUACAAAUGAGUGGGGUGUCACAACCACCACCAUCUCAUAUUUGACUAAUGCAAGAAUAAUCCUCACAAUGUUCAUCAAUCAUUACAUCUGCUCCUAGGAAUUUACCAGAUGUAAUCUAUCUUUAUGUUCUAGCUGCAGUCACACACCUUGUUUUCCUGUUCCUUUUUCCUUUUUUUGGCCUUAGUUUGAGAAAGCACACACCUUUUUUAGACAUGAGAGAGAGAGAGAGUGAGAGAGAGGCAUUCCAACACCAGCUGAAAUAAUUGCUUGCCCGGGUUCUUCUGCUGCAUUCCCUUGUCCUGUCUCCCUUGUUCUCUCCUGUGGUCUGCAGCCUACCUCUUAAAACCCUUGCCACCCAUUUCCCAAAGCUCUCCGGGUACUCGCAUUGUUUGCACUUUCUCCCCACCUUUGCCUCCGUCUCCCUGGGCUACAAUGUUGCCUUCCAAAGCUAAAUCCGGUCUAUCUGAGGCCUUGAAUGGAAAGACUGCAUCAGCAACUCCCAAGAUCAGCAAAAUAGCCAGAAAUGGAUCCACCAAGUCAGACUCUGGGUCGCCGUCUCCUGUGCCUAAGCCAACUUCUCCUGCACCAAAGCCAUCCUCACCUGUGCCAAAGUCACGCUCUUCGAUCUUGCGAUCACCAAAGUCAGCAGAGUCGAAGCCGCCAAUCAAAACCGGUCCAACUCCUGAGAAGCUACAACGAAAAUCAAAAGGCUCGGAUCUGCAGGCGAAGUUGGAUGUCGCUGAGGAUGACUUGAAGAAAGCAAGGGAGCAAUUGGCUUUUGUCGAGCAGGAGAAGAUCCGGGCCAUUGACGAAUUGAAAGAAGCUAAGAGAUUGACUAGUGAUGCCAAUGAGAAGCUCCAAGAGGCAAUCACUGCUAAGAAGAUGGCUGAGGAGAACCUGGAAAUUGAGAAAUUUCGGGCUGAUGAACUGGAACAAGCAAACGUCGAAGCUGCACAAAAAAGGGAGGAGGAUCAUCAAAAGGAACUCGAAAGCAUUAGAAAUCAGCAUGCUCUGAGUCCUUCAACACUUCUUUCUGUGACUCGAGAACUCCAGAAGGUGAAACUUGAGCUUGCAAAUGCCACUGAUGAGAGGAACACUGCUCUGGGUGAAGCGGAUGGUGCAAAGAAAGUUGCUGAAAUGAAUGGAGAGAAGGUGGAGGUCUUGUCCAGAGAAGUGAGCCAUUUAAAAUCCCUUCUUGAUUCCAAGCUGGAUAAUAUGAACAAAGCAGCAGCAGAGAUGAUUAAGAAGUUGAAUGUGGAAAUUAAUGCUUUGGAAUUUGAACUUGAAAGAGCAAAGUCAGCUGAAGAGAAGUUACCGAAGAUAGAAGCAUUGGUUGGACAGCUUCGAAUGGAGGUUACUGAUGUAAAGAAGGCUGAAACAGAUGCACGUAAGCAAGUUGAUGAAUUGAAAAAGGUGGUGGCAUCACUAGAAACUAGGCUGAAGGAAGCCAAUAAAUCAGAGAAAACUGCAAUUGAAUCUCUUGCAAUCACAAUGAAAAAAAUGGAAGAGGGCACUGCUUUACUGCAAGAUGCUGAAACCGAGAUUGCUGUUCUUAAAGGGAAGAUAGAAUCCAUGGAGAUUAAGGUGGCCAGGUGCAAAAAUGAUGUCGAGGAAUCAGAGAGGAAUCUUGAUUUAUCACAGCAAGAGAUAGCAAGCUUGGGAAAGACAGCCGAUCUGUUAAAAAUUGAACUUAGGAAACUGGAGGAAGAGAAACUGCAGGCACUUGACAAUGGCAAGGCUGCUGCUUCAGACAUUGAGAGACUGUUGGAGGAGAGAAGCAAACUCAUUGAUGAGCUCAAGAUCAGUAAAGUUGAAGGAGAAGAGGUUAAAAAGGCAAUGGAAGGUUUAGCUUCGGCAUUGCAUGAGAUGUCCACUGAAUCCAGAGAAAAUCAAGAAAGGCUUUUAGCAAAGCAAGCUCAAAUUGAAGAUGCUCAGGGGGAGAUAGAGCAGCUGAAUUCAGAACUCAAGAACACUGAAGGGAGGUACAAGGUCAUGCUUGAUGAAGCAAGAUAUGAGAUCGUUUGCCUCAAGAAAACUGUCGAAAGAUUCGAAACCGAAACCAGCAAUUCAAGCACUGAGUGGCAAACAAAGGAGCUUAAUUUCAUUCAUUCUAUCAAAAAAUCGGAAUUUGAACUUGCUUCCCUCAAGGCUGAAAUGGCAGAGGCUGUUGACUCACUCAAAGCAGCAGAGCAAGAAGCACAGGCAGCCAAGGCGGAUGGAGUUGAGAUGUUAAGCAAAGUGAGAGAAGCAGAAUCAGCGGCAACUGCAGCUUAUGAAGUGGCAGAAGAAGCAAAGGCUGAGACUUUGCGAUUGAAGGAAAGAUUGUUGGACAAAGAGAACGAGCUGCAGAGUAUCACUCAAGAAAAUGAUGAACUCCGAAUCAGAGAAGCAUCUGCCCUACAGAAAAUUAAAGAGUUAUCCUCAUUGCCUGAGGAGGCCACAGCCAAGAGAACCGAAGAAUCAAUUAAGUUAUCAAAGUGUGGAGAGGAAUACGACCUACCGCCGAACAUUUCUCAGGAAAUCAAUGCUCAUGAGAGUGCAAUAGAAAGAUCAAAUCCAGAAGCACCUUCAUGGAUGCAUGAAAAUGGUCACGAGGAUGACCAAAAAACAGAGGAGAAUGAGAAAGGAAGCCAAAUUGAUGAAGAGGAAGAUCAUGUAGAUAAAAUGACCAAGGAUUUAGCAUCAGAAAAGGACCAUGAGGCAGAAUCACUAGAUGAUGAUUCAGAAUCUAAGAUGGAUGGUGGUAGCUAUGAAGACAUAAAUGGUAUGACAGAGAGCAUGGACUUGGGAUCAACCUCACCCACCAAGAACCAGCAGCAAAAGAAGAAGAAAGCUUUGCUGCACAAGUUUGGGAACCUGCUGAAGAAGAAGGGUAGCCACAAAAGCCAUAAGUAACUUUGGAGCUCCAUUAAAGCAUCCACACACAGAUUUGAGGAAUCUUCAAACUGCAGGCUUUUGGAGGCUUGUAGCUGUGAGCUGGUCAAUGUGAUGAGUCUUCUUUUGGCUCUUUUUUAGCCCUGCCACUGACCACUUCAACCCUUCUCUCUGUUUGCUGGGAUGUUCCAAAGAUUCUGCAGCACCCUUCUUUUUCCUAGAAGAACUAAAACUAUAUCAGAUCAGUAAGCUUGAGACAGAAUCCAAGAAAGAGUAAAACCUCUCUCUCUCUCUCUCUCCUCUCUCUCUCUCUAAAAAGAAGGUAAAGCUUCACUGCAGCAGAAUGAAUCCAAGUGCCAGAGUCCAACCAAAUCCAAGUCAUGUCAACUCCCAACAAUAAAGAAUUCAUGAAAUGAAGCCCUGCCUAGUGAGAAGUGCUUCCCAACCCUGUCCUUUUCUACACUGCCAUGGUCACAGGAGAGAGCUUUAAUGAGUCUGUUACUGUUGAUUGUCCUCAGUACAUUUAUCUAUCAAUUCAAAGCCCUACUGCUUUGAGAAUUGUAAGCUAAGCUUGAUCAUGGUGAAUCCAUUGUCUCAACUAUGCUGCAUAAGGUGUCACUAUCCAUAUCAGACAUGUCACAGCAGUCAUCGCCAUUGCUGUGCUCUGCAUAGAGCCCAAAGUAAAUUGACAUUAGUUAUGUCAAGUCGAUCAAAAUGGUCACUGAUGCAGGAUGAGCUCCAUGAAGAAACCAAGAAAGCAGCAUGAUGGCUGACAUCUCAGAUUACCAUUUGCUGCCUUGCUAUUUGCCUGCAGUUCCUGAGGGACUGCUACAACAAUGCCUCUUUUUUCUUCUUUCCUUGGUUUGCUAUUGCAGAAGCUAUUGAUGUUUGA